AUGACAGAAGUAGCUAGCGCUGUAGUACAAGAAGUAUUAGGUCGAAGGGCUCAAGACGUGGAUCAGCCUAUCAUCGACUACAUCAUCAAUGUCCUCGCCGAUGAAGACUUCGAUUUCGGCGUUGAAGGCGAAGGCGCUUUUGAGAUCCUUGGAGAGCUCCUCGUUGAUUCUUGUUGCGUUAGCGAUUAUUCCGAAUGUCGUUCGGUUUGUAGCAAACUGUCGGAGAAAUUUGGAAAGCAUGGUUUGGUUAAAGUUAAACCAACUGUGAGAAGCCUUGCGGCUCCAGUGAGAAUGUAUGAUGGAAUGGAUGAAGAGGAAGUUCCUAAGAAGAAGCCUGAGGUGUUGGAUGGUCCUCUGCUUUCUGAACGUGACCGAUUGAAGCUUGAAAGGAGAAAGAGGAAGGAUGAGCGCCAAAGAGAGGCACAAUACCAAAUCCAUUUAGCAGAAAUGGAAGCAACUAGAGCUGGAAUGCCUGUUGUAUGUGUGAAUCAUGACAAUAAUACUGAUGGGCCAGCUGUCAGGGACCUUCAUAUGGAGAACUUCAAUGUAUCUGUUGGUGGUCGUGAUCUCAUAGUUGAUUGUACUGUGACGCUUUCUCAUGGAAGGCACUAUGGUCUUGUUGGAAGAAAUGGUACAGGAAAAACUACCUUCCUCAGGUACAUGGCUAUGCAUGCCAUUGAUGGUAUUCCUAAGAACUGCCAGAUAUUACACGUUGAGCAAGAAGUGGCCGGUGAUAACACAUCAGCCUUGCAAUGUGUUAUUCAAGCUGACGUUGAAAGAACCCAGCUUUUGGAUGAUGAAGCGCGGCUAUUGGCAUUACAGAGAGAUACGGAGAUGGAGGAUGAAACUGGAAAGAGCAAUGGGGAGCUGAAUGGGGGAGUUGACAAAAAUGCAAUUGCACAAAAGCUCCAAGAUAUAUAUAAAAGGCUUGAGAUCAUUGAUGCGGACUCUGCAGAGUCCCGUGCGGCUUCCAUUCUUGCGGGUCUUAGUUUCUCUCCAGAAAUGCAGAAGAGAGCAACAAAAACCUUUUCUGGAGGAUGGAGAAUGCGAAUAGCUCUUGCUCGUGCACUGUUUAUUGAGCCUGAUGUGCUACUACUCGAUGAACCUACGAAUCAUCUUGAUCUUCAUGCUGUCCUGUGGCUGGAAUCUUAUCUGGUUAAAUGGCCGAAAACCUUCAUAGUUGUUUCUCAUGCUAGAGAAUUUUUGAACACGGUAGUCACAGAUAUUCUCCAUCUGCAUGGACAAAAACUGACAGCAUACAAAGGUAAUUAUGAUACAUUCGAGAGGACACGAGAGGAACAGCUUAAGAACCAACAGAAAGCUUUUGAGGCUAAUGAACGUUCAAGGGCCCAUAUGCAGACUUUCAUUGAUAAGUUCCGCUACAAUGCAAAGCGUGCAUCUCUUGUUCAGUCAAGAAUUAAGGCAUUGGAUCGGCUGGGUUAUGUGGAUGAGAUUAUUAAUGACCCCGACUACAAGUUUGAGUUCCCCACCCCCGAUGACAGGCCAGGCCCACCUAUAAUAAGUUUCAGUGAUGCAUCUUUUGGAUAUCCUGGGGGUCCUAUACUCUUCAAGAAUUUGAAUUUUGGGAUAGAUCUAGAUAGCCGCAUAGCUAUGGUUGGUCCAAAUGGAAUUGGAAAGACCACCUUACUCAAGCUAAUUGCUGGGGAACUUCAACCAAGCUCGGGUACAGUUUUCCGUUCUGCUAAGGUUCGCAUUGCUGUGUUUAGUCAGCAUCAUGUUGACGGGCUGGAUCUAUCUUCCAAUCCUCUUCUAUAUAUGAUGCGCUGCUUCCCAGUGAGUUUCUUCUUGAUAAUAUUGGGUUUCUACAAGAAAUUGUUUUUAUUAUACACAUUACUUUUCGUUUACUUCUGUUUUCAAACAUACUUGAACUACUAA